UACUUUAACUCCAAUAUGGGAAAGCAAAACAGCAAACUACGCCCUGAAGUCAUGCAAGACUUGCUAGAAAGUACAGACUUUACAGAACAUGAGAUCCAGGAGUGGUACAAAGGCUUCUUGAGAGACUGUCCAAGUGGACAUUUAUCUAUGGAGGAGUUUAAAAAAAUAUAUGGAAACUUUUUUCCUUACGGGGACGCUUCUAAGUUUGCAGAGCAUGUAUUCCGCACUUUUGAUGCCAAUGGAGACGGAACGAUAGAUUUCAGAGAAUUCAUCAUAGCCUUGAGUGUAACAUCAAGAGGAAAACUGGAGCAAAAGCUGAAGUGGGCGUUCAGUAUGUACGACCUCGACGGGAAUGGCUACAUCAGUAAGUCAGAGAUGCUGGAAAUCGUGCAGGCAAUCUAUAAGAUGGUUUCUUCUGUAAUGAAGAUGCCAGAAGAUGAGUCAACACCAGAGAAGAGGACUGAGAAGAUCUUCCGCCAGAUGGACACCAACCGUGAUGGAAAGCUCUCUCUGGAAGAGUUCAUCCGAGGCGCCAAGAGUGAUCCGUCCAUAGUCCGUCUCCUGCAGUGUGAUCCCAGCAGUGCCGGGCAAUUCUGAACCUGUCCUUUGGAUGAAUUAUGUAUCUGCUUUUUUUUUUUUUUCUUGCCAAACAACAUUCAUGGUAGUGUUGCCUCUGUAUGGCCAAUUAUGCCUUCAUUUGUGGCAUCUUACAGCUUAUUUUGUUGUGGAUUAAUUAUAAGAAUGCUGAAUUGCUCUUAACAAUUUGUCCAGAGCACGGGCAGUACUGUUUUAAACAGAUAUUGUGGUGUUAUCAUUGUUUUUAAUUUUUUGUUUUGUUUUUGUUUGUUUGUAUCUGUUUUGGAAAGUAUGUGUUGAGGAGGAGUAAACCAUCAACAAACCCCUUGGCAGCAAGACACACUGACAAAUUUUAGAUUCCUGCUUUAGUUGUUAGGUAUUCACCUGCAGGACCUGAAAGUGUAGUAAGGCUGAACCAAAGGGGUUGAUGGGUGGGGUAGGAUUCACCUGGAACCUCCUUUCCUGGUGGUACCAGUUGAGAUCACAGACAGGACUGGGAAGAAGUAUGAAAGCGCAAAGCGUGUAUGGGGUGUAUCAUCCACUCCUAUGCCUCGUUGUUUCAAUGCUGUGAACACUUUCCAGGUUGUGAAGGAGAAGGGACAAAAUGAAGGUUGACUUUUUUUUACUGGGUUUACAGUGGUUGAAGUCAUAGGGCUUUAUCUGAAAAUUCAGCAAUUUGCAAUCCUGAUCUCCAAAUCCACAACUGUCAAUACCUCUUGCCGUUUGGGAUCAGCAAAAGCAGACACAGAUAUGAAAAGCUGGGUCUUGACAAUAAAUUUAAGGGAGAUACAUGUUGAAUGUGAAAUUUUCAGGUUAGUAAUAAAGCAGUUGCUACUAGGGAGAGUGGGCAUUCACGUGAGGAACUCAUGGACACCUGCAAGCAGCUCCAGCUAAGGCACAUCUGUUGUUCUGAAUGCUCUUGCAUAGCAGGAAGUUUUGGGGGUGUUCUUGUCUCUCUCCGUGUAGCUAACAGAGUUUCUGGGCCUACUCUUAGGGGAAGGCUGUCAUCAAAACUUGUUUUAAACAUAAAAUUGUAGCAUUUAUAUUUCAUUUAUUUUAGUAAAGUUCAAAAAAUCUGUACUGAAAUGAGGAAAUGGUACGCUUUACAAUAUAUUUAUAUAUAUAAAAAUUAAAACAAAAAAAGAUCAGUUCUUGAGAGAAAUGUUGAAUGUUUAUCUUUCCGCCUAGGUGCAGGAGUUCUGAAAUUUGCUGCUGCAAAAUUUUAUCCUUUGGUCAAAGUUGAUGUAUGUAGAGCUAGUACACACGUGGGAUUUCUUAGGGACUUCACAAGCGCUGUUGCAAAAGAAAAGCUGGAAAAGCUUAGUAACAGGAGGCAUUAUGCUGACUAAAUUGGCAUUAAUCAGUCAUUAGCUGAAGUCUGCUUUGUGAUCCUGUUGGAGAGCUACCCAAGCAGGCAGCGCACUGGUGUUGGGAAUUCAUCAGCUCGUUAGAGUAGCCUUUGUCUGACAGGCAAGGUUGGCAUUUUGUCAAGUGACCUUGUAGAUGCUAAUCCCCAGUAGCCUUAAUUUAAAAUAAACCCAAGUAAAAGAAGUCUGUUUUGCAGAUGAUGAUUAGCUAAGUACUAAUUAGAAGUCAUGAAUAAGUAGUUAGGCAUAAAUAAUUUUCUCUGGAACACUAGCUAGCAUGUACAAUAACUGACAGGAGCAGUCCUAUACCUAAUUUUUCCAUACCAUUUGCUUUGCCAGGUGCGAAGGGCAAAGCACGUUAAGAGAAAAUAAAAGUAAAUUGAAAAUAACAUUGUUAAUCAGUGGUACUAAAAUUUUUAUGAGUGGCUAAUGACACUCAGUAAAUGUUUUCAAGCACACAUCUUUGUCUCAAACAAUCACAAAAAUCCAAUUGAUUAUAUAUAUUUCCAUUACAUUCAUCAAAAUACUGAGCCAAGAUGAGUGUGGGAAAAUAAGAAAUUAAAGAGGGCCCAACCACAGACACAAACAGAUUUUAGUACCCAGCACUUUCAGGUGUUACGAGCAACACUGGCAAGUUUUGCACCAAUUCUUCAUGCUGAUGAAAAUGUUCCCCAUCUCCUUCUCCCAAAUCCUAAUUAGGCACCAUGUGCACAAAUCUAACCCUUCAAAGGACGGUCUGUGCCUGCCUUCUUCAAGGUAAUUUUCUGCUUUACCUGGAGAGGUUCUGGACCUCUCUCCCAUGUCCAGCACCUCAUGGCUUUUGAAAGUCAUGUACUUUAGGGUUGCUUUUCAGCAGAAGAAGCCUGGCCAGACUCCUGGGGAUUGCUGAAGGAAGGUCAGUGGGCAUGCGCUGAUCAACACGCCCCUCUGCCAGACGGGAAUGGCCAGUGCCGCCGGCUCCAUCACCACCCCUGUGUGGGCAGGACAAGGUGACGCCAGAGGAUCCCUGCUGAACUUCCAACCUCCUGGCUCAGUGCAGGCCGAAACAGCCCAGACCUGUGGAAGCUGGCAUUCACUGAAGGUGAACUCAGAUACCUUCUACAGUUCCAUCUUCUUCUUAGUGCUGUGAAAGCAGCUGCAUGUGACCGAAGCUUUUAAAAUGUUGCCUUUUAUUUAAGUGACAGCAUACUGCUUCUUUUUCAUUUUACAAGAUGCUUCUGGCUCAGAACCAAAUCUCUCAGUUUGUUUUUGCUCAGUAGUCUUGGGGUGUUGGGGCUGGGUUCACCUCCCGGGUUAUUCCCAUACAACGUCUUUGAAAGCACAACCUGUGCUGUGACCUCAGGCCAGCAGAGAUGUAAUGCUUCCCACAGUUCACAAAAUUUGGAAUAAUAAGAAUUAGCUUACAGCUGCAGAGGACGUAGCUGCAGAUAAGGCUAUUGUAUAAACAUUUACAGAGCAAACUAAGGUUAUUCUUUUACCUGAGUGCCACUGAUGAUUGGUAUUCUUUUAAAUUAUUAACUAUCCCUUUCUUUCUCUGCCUCUGCAUGUACUUAGAGAGUGAAUCGUAGCUGAAGUUGUGAUAGGAACAUCUGCAGACCUCAAAUCAGCAGGAUAGCAGUGGUGUGCUGCACCUCAGAUUGAAAUACUCUGCUUUGCUGUCAUUUGCAUUUGUAAUCAUAACUGCCUGCAUAAACCUUUUGAAGGCAAAGUGGUGUAUCCUGUAUAAAAUGGCACAGUAAGUCAGACUUUGGAGUGAUUCAUUAGCAGUAUCUCCACACAGGAGGAUGGCAGACAGCAGAUACUCUUUCAUAUCAUUUCUCAAAUUUGUAGAUGCAUUCUCUAGUUUUACUUGCAUGUGCAAGAGGCAGCCUUCACUGUGUGUUGUCCAAAGGAAUUGAGUACAUCUCAUGUGUAGACGGAACUCAUGGAAAAUGCCAGUCCCUUGUAUCUGACAUUCCCAGUCAACUUGUCAAACUCUAGGCCAGAAAAUGUGAAGUGAGGACUAUGACUUGUGAGUUUUGCAGAAGCCUCUCCUUGUUCUAGGAUGCUUUGGAAAGGGAAAAGGGAAUACAACCCUUUUAAAACCAACACGUGUUCUUGUGAGCACUUAAAGUUUGAGAGGGACUGAAGAAAUGCUUAUGUUUCGACAUUAUUUGAAGCCCUGUCAGUGAUGUUCCUGAGGUACCCAGGGCUGUGCUGGUCCCUUGCAGUUCUUAGGAGCUUGUAGGAUUUUUAUCUUCUUCCAGGGGCAUUCUGUCCUUUGUUGUUCUGCGUUAUAAGACACGACCUCCACAUUUUCUGCUGCUUAAAACAGUCAGCCAGAAGUGUGUAAAUGUUGUAGCUGGAUGCCGUCUGUGUGCAGAAACAUUGCACACCAGCACAGGAAGCAGUCACACAUGACCAAGUCCCUGUGGUUUGAACACUGCCCCUGGGGGAUGAGCCCCAGGACUUCUCUCUUCACUGAUGGCAGAAGUGCAAUAAUGCAGCUUUGCUUGGUUUUCUUUUACUGCAGAUCAGGUUAAGUCGCAUUACCUUGCAUUUGCUGUGGGCAGAACCUUGUCUCAGCUGACUCAUGGAAACUUGGUGAACUGUGGUGCCUUGAUGUUGAGCCCUAAUCUGCGGACUAAGCUGAGAUGAGAAGAUGGCCUUGGCCAUACGUCUCAGUACACGUGAACCAGAGAACACAGUAACAACUGGCAGGUCCCUGGGGACAUGUGGCAGUGAGAAGGAAAUCUCCUGCCUCAGAACAAACGCCUUGAGCUGAGCUGCCACCUUCUUUCAAAACUCUCUCCCUUUUUAGCACUGCUGGUAUAAGAUGCAACAUGAUAGCAAUAUAGCAGGUCAGGAUGGAGGAGGAAUUCCUCAAGACUUUCCUUUUGCAGUUUAGCCUACAAGUGCCAAGUGGAACAAUCAGACAAGUCUAAUUGUUGGCUGGACAAGUCUUCCUGAACACCCAAUACACCAGCAAGCACCUCCUUUGGUCUUUCUCGUGGUGCUCCCUCGGUUUCCUGGCAUGGCAGUCCUUGGGCUCAGCAGUUAGAUGUUGGGUACCUGGUGCAAGACUGAUGGAGAAGAAUAUUUCACCUGCCCUUUGCAGAAGAAUUUGGAUCCGUUCUUUGGUCUGUGUCUUACUAAGCGGGAUCUCAUGUAGGAGUCUUAAAGUGGGGAAAGUUGGUUUUCUUUGUAUCGCAGGCAGAACUUGUGCUUAAAAAUGCAGAGAAAUUUGGCAAGUGCCAGAGAGCUGAGCAGUGCUCAGAGCUGCAUGCAGAGUUUUCCACUGGUUGUGCAGUAGGCAGAUAAGAUAAACAGCAGCGAUACAUCAGACACAUCGUGCGAUGUGUUUCAAGAUAGGGCUUGACUAGAAAUGGCACCUUCUAUGUGAGCAGCUCUGUCUGCUGCGUAUUCUGUCAGAGGCGUUGACAAAAUAACUCUAAAAUUAAGCAGCAGAGCUGUUCACCGUACCCUGGCAGGCAUUAAACAAACAGCUCCCAGGAUGAGCAUAAGGUUUUCCCUCAGUGCAGCUGAGGACAAAACAUUGCCUGUAGGAGUUCAUUCCCGGUCAUGGUAGAAAAGAAGAAGGGAAAGCUCUGUUGACUCUCAAAGCCCAGGUGUCAUUUUGCAGGCUAGGGACAGUGGAAUGAACAUCUGUGUUUUAAACACAUAGAAAAGACAGCAGGGAUUGUAAACAGCAAUGGAAAUCAGUGACACUAGAAACCAGGACCACUUUUGAGGGAUUGCAGAAGCCAUUAGGUGCCUCUGGCCUUCAGAGCAGUAGAACCAUCAAUUGGAUGUGCAGUCAAUCUCCUUGCCCUGUGCAGAAAAUAUCCCUGUCUACUCUGGGUAUCUAAACAACAUCCCUUAUUUCAUCCUGGGCUUGGCUGCUUUGUUUCUAAAUUAUCUAUACUGAGAAGUUGUUUCUUUUAACCCUAACCCUUAGCUUAGGGGUGAGGAUUUUCACAGGAUAAGGUAUAAAGCUUUUCAGAUGUACUGUCCAUAUCUUAACAAGCUGGAACGACCAGACCCAAGGGGCUUCCCAUUGCUUCUCACAGGUUGUGUUAUUUUAAUGGGUAGCUGGGAUUAAGCUAUCACCUGUAAAAUGCUGACUAAUGCUGACUAAUAGGCAAAGAAAAAAAGAGCUUGAGUUGUAGUGAACAAUGUGAAAAGACUAGAGAGAUGAAAAACUGUGAAGACAUUCCUGCCUGUAUCCCAGGGUCUGAAUUUGCACACCCUCUUAGCAGUAGCCAGCAGUAGCCAGCACAGAACAGCUCCUCUGCUCCAGCCCGGUCUACUCCAGUGGUACCUCCUGGGCUGCUUCAGCCCUCUGUGAUGAGGCUGGGGACACUGAGUCCUGCCACAGACAUGGUCAUCUGAGAUUAUUAGGCAGGCCAAGGGCUUCCUAGAUCUUGAGGCACACAGCAGCCAUCCACUAUGCAUAGUGUUUGCUUACUGUGCACUUGAGAUGUUUUAGAUCUUCCCCUCUUGCCCUGACCUUAUACCAAAGAUGUUCUCACCUUCCCAGGGCAUGUGCUCAGGGUGUCCAGCUCUCCAAGUCUUUGCAGCCACCUCCCAGUUGCCAUCCCCAGCCUCUGUGUGAACAAAUAAAAAACACCAGCCCUUGACAUGUGGAGGAGCCAAGGUUGAUGCACUUAAAAGGAACAACUUCUGAUUUGGUUUCCUAUCUUUGGGCCACCUGUGUGUUCCACACUAUUUACUUCCUGUUAUUAAGUACUGGCAGUAUUCAACAUUUUAUGGGCACACUGAACCUCUGAAACAACAUGGUUUUCAUUAUCACAUGUGUGUUUGUCAAGGCACUGCAGGCUGGAUCUGCCUGGUGCUCGCUCUGCUGCCCUGGUUUACUCCACAGAGAGCUGGUUUCUCCCAGGCUGGAGCAGCGCCUUCCUGUGCACCCCCGUGCAGCCUGCAGUGCUCCAGUCCUGCAGGAGCACACAGACGCUGUGGACCAAGAGAAUUUUGGCAUAGUUAUAUCAGGCAGAAACUCUUCCUUCUUUCUGUCAAAAACAAAUGUUGGGGGUGUGACCUCUGGUUUUCUCCUCCCUGGGGACAGGGGUUUCAGCAGUGUUCAGGGUUGGCCUCACAUUUCCCCACCAAAUGGGAUGACAGGAUUAUGGUGAUUAGUAAACCCACCUGAAAAAUCCUCUUAGAUUUUAAACUUCAUUUGUGUUGCUCAUUGGCUGCACUCAGAGGGAAGUGUGGUGGUUUGGGGGAGAACUUGCAGCUCCUUGUCUCCACCACCUUUUUAUUUCCUGUCAUUAUUCCCAUUUCCAGAGCAACCAAAAAGUUUUUUACUAUUUUUACUAGUAUCUGGAAGAAAAAGAAAAAAUCAAACCCAGGCUUUCAAUCCAAUAAGGAUCUAAGGAAGGUUACUAAAGACAUCAUGCUCCACGUUAGUUGUACAAAUGUUCCACAAAAUUGUGUUUCUUUGGUAUUUUGUGUUUAAUUUUCUUAUUCAUGUUUUAGGCCUGUUUGUGAUUUAUUUCAUUAUUUUGUAUCCUCUUAGAUUCAGCCCUGCUGGUCCUUCAGCUCUUAUGCAGAAGUCCCAAUGAUCCCAAGAGUAGAACUGACUGAGCAAUUAUUAGCAAGGUGGGCACACCCUGCCUGGUAAAAAUGAAGAGCUUAAUGAACUUAGGGAUUGUUUUUGUCUGUACACUUGUUUCAAGAAGACAAAGUCAGCUGCAUUUCAAUAUGUUUAUCUCUUCCACUUCCUCACUUCAAUUCCAUCCAACCAGUCUUGUAGUUAAUAUUUGUAUAUUCAGCAUUAUUUUGCUCUUGAAUCUGAAGUGACCAAUAUUGUCUUCCUCUGUCAGGAGAACUUAAUACCUUUCGAUUUUUAAAUAUUGCUGGGUGAGUGAUGUGAUGGAUGCAAAGGUAGUUUGCGUGCUGGCUUUGGCUGUGAUGGAGUUAAUUUUCCUCACAGUAGCUAGAAUGAGGGUCAGUUUUGGAUUUUUGCUGGAAGCUGUUGAUAACAGAGGGGAUGUUUUCACUAUUACUGAGCAGCGCUCACAUGGUGUCAAGGACUUUUCUGCUUCCCACCCCAUCAGUAAGGGAGCUGGGAUGGGACACAGCCAGGACAGCGACCCCAGGUGACCCCAGGGAUACCCCAGACCAUGGUGUCAUGCUCAGCAUAUGAAGAGGUGGAGCAAAGAAGGAGGAAGAGGGUGACAAGUUCGCAGUGAUGUCAUUUGUUUUCUCAAGUCACCAUUACCUGAUGGAGCCCUGUUUUUCUGGGGGUGGCUGAACACCUGCCUGCCCAUGGGAAUUGGUGAAUGAAUGCCUUGCUUUGCUUGUGCAGGGGGGCUUUUGCAUUCCCUGUUAAACGGUCUUUAUCUCAACCCAUGGGUUUUCUCACUUUUACCCUUCCAAUUCUCUUCUCCAUCCCACUAGAAGGGAGUGAAUGAAUGGCUUUGUGGGGCUUUGACCCAUUCAGCUCUUGACCAUGUUUUAUCUCAAUUUUUAGUUUCUACAGCAUCAGAAAUAUCUGCCCAAAUUUAAACAAAUUGUUGUGAUUUAAUCCCAGCCAGCAACUAAGUGUCCAGUUCCUAUUUAAGUCCAUGACCAUUCCACGGGGAGAACUUUCUCUGUUCCCUCAGGCUGUUGCCUCAUUGUGGCGUAGAGCAGACAUAACAAAUCAAAGUUUUAAUCAUCUACUACUAGCAGACUCACUGCAGCAGCAUGGAGUUCAGUAUAUCCUGUGUCUUGGCAAAAUUAGAUACCUCUCUAGAUGAAUGCUUUGUAAGCAAAUCUACAUAUCCUAAAGAAGACUUCUACUAUUCAGAAAGGAGAGGGACAACUAUGAAUUAAAUUAAUUUGUUCCGCAUAUUUUUCUUACGGCUGGCUAGGAUUGCAAGUAUCCUGUGUGUUGUUGCCUAUAGCUGUUGUGAUGUGUUAAUUUCCCCCCCUGGUUCUGUUGUAAGCUCAUCUGGUGGUAUCCUGAGUCUCCAGCUGGUUCUCCACCAGGCAGAGUCCAUGAGAAGGACAGGUAGAGGCGAGCAGCUUUCAGGCACACCCGGGGCAGCUUUGGGGGAUGUGGCCCUGUGCUGUUCCGUGCUUUGGGAGUUUGUGCCUGCAGAGCAACAUGUUAAACCUACCUGAUAAAAUGAAAGUAGAUGAUCGGGCCACUGAAGGAGAUGGAGAAUUUGGCGGAGGGUUGUGUAUGUUUUGUGCCCCCCAGCACGUGCACGGCUCCCCCAGCUAUUAACUUCCAGUUAGGAUUUUUCCUGAGCUCUUAGUGUUAGAAUAAAGUUUUCUUAUGCUGAUAAUGUAUUUGUAUUAUGCAACGUACUCAGAAAACAGAAGAUUGUCUCUCUGUGACUGUCCUCUCCUCUUGAGAAGCUGUUCUCCUCUGUAUAUAUGAUAUGCAGAAUGUAUGGGAGUCUUACCAGAGUUGGUUUGCAUUUUUAAGACUGUACUAAUUAAUGUGUGAUACCGUUGUGUUUUUGUAGUGGCAUCUUUGAUGUAAGAUGUAAAAACUAUUUAAAUUUUUUUUGUUAGUGUUCAGCUUUUAGAGAUAGCACCAAGGACUGCAUGUUCACUAGAAUCAGCCUUUUUCAGGGGCUGUCCAUAGCUGCACGCAGGCACCGGCGUUCCACCCGGCACGUAGCACCUGCGUUCUUUUAAUAGGGGUCAGUUUUGAGUGGAAACUAAUUCUUCCUGAAAAGUCUAGUUUUGUCUUCCCCUCUCUCAGAUUCAAGCUUCCCCUCCCACACUGUGUGCCAGCCUGGCCCCAGGAGAAGACCUGGGAGGAAUGUCUCCUGACCGGGGCACCCUGCUGGCUUCAGGCUCCCUCAUCCCAUAGCUCACCCAAGGCAUGCUCCUUGGAACUUGGUUUUCCUUGGAACUGCUGGCUGUGCCAGCACAAAAACUAUGGGCUCACAUUCCAAGACAAUUUGUGCAAGUGACUUUAAAAAUAAUUAACAAAAAUUGAGGGGAAUUAAGGAAAAGAAGAGCCUGAGCAGCAAUUUUAGGGUCAGAAUCUUAUUGGGGUGCUUAAUAUAGCAAGAACUUGGGGUCAGUCCCUAAAAGACAGGACCAUUUGAAUGGCUUAGUCUAUAUUUCUUUUCAAGUUUGGAGAGUGAAGUGGGGCUCAGAUCCAGCCUUUCAGGCAGGGUUGACUUACUAGAUAGACUGAGUCUGAGAUGCUUCUCCAGAUUGUGUCGUGGGCCAAAAGACAAGACAUGCUGCAGCUUAGGAGUUAUUUUUCUUUCAGUGGGUUUUUUUGGUUUGGGUGUUUUGGGUUUUUUUUCCUUUUUAAUGGAGAAAGCAGUUCAAACUGCACCUGGCAAAAUGACUGACUUCAAAAGCAUGUUUUUCCUUGUUACGUAGACACUCACAAAGCAGCAUUAUGUGGCUAAAAAGGCACAUUUGUGACAGUUUCUUUCUGAGUGCCAAAAUAUAUAAGCAGUAUUGUUUAAAGGGAAACUAAAAUUUUUUUACUGUAUUGUUAUUACUGUUGAACAAAUAUAUUGUUUUUAAAUGUUACAUUUUGAAGACUUUUGUAUUGUAAAUUGUUUUGUGACACGGUGCUUUUUCAUACUGGAAUUACUGAUUGCACCUAAAUAUUAAUUAUUGCUUUCUUAUAUAAAUAUGUGACCUUGAACAAUCUUGAUGAAAACCAAUGUGUGGUGGAUACCAACAGUUCAAAAAAAAAUCACCUACUGAAAUCCCCUAAAUGUUCUUUCCUACUAAUAAACACUCUGCUGCAGCUA